CAGUUGUUUUGUGAAAGUCUGUCGCGUAGCGCAUCGCGGAACGUGCAGCCAGCCGCUCGAGCCUUGUGUCGCAGCCCCUCGUUCAGACGGACGUCGUCGAGACACGUGUCGCCGCUCAGCCAUGAAGAUGAGGAAGAGACCCAACAUCCUGCUCACAGGAACCCCUGGGGUUGGAAAGACCACUCUGGGGAAGGAGCUGGCCCAGCGGACCGGGCUGACCUACGUCAACAUAGGAGACCUGGCCAAGGAAGGUCAACUUUAUGACGGCUAUGACGAAGAGUACCAGUGCCCGAUUCUGGAUGAGGACGCGGUGGUGGACGAGCUGGAUGAAAAGAUGAUCGACGGCGGGGUGAUCGUCGACUACCACGGCUGCGACCUGUUCCCCGAGCGCUGGUUCCACAUCGUCUUCGUCCUGCGCACCGACAACACCCAGCUGUACACGCGGCUGGAGAGCAGGGGCUACAUGGGCAAGAAGCUGCAGGACAACGUGCAGUGUGAGAUCUUCCAGACCAUCUUGGAGGAGGCCAUGGAGGCCUACAGCGACGAGAUCGUCCACCAGCUGCCCAGCGACACCCCCGAGGACCUGGAGCGCAACCUGGAGCAGCUGGUCCAGUGGACCGAGCAGUGGAUGAAGGACAACAACUAGGACCGCCGACCCCAAACAUAUGUGGACGAUAUAAGAAAAGAACAUUUAAUUGUAGAUAUUUUCCAAUCUGCGUUUAUUUUUCUUCAUAGCUCGUCGCCGUCGUGGCGACGUUAUCGCUUCUUUUCUUUUCUUCUUUUCCAGUGGCCCCUCUCGCCUGCCGGGUGGAAUCACAACCAGUCACAUGAUUAUGAACCAUUGCAAACGAGUGUCGAGCCAAAGCACUCGUGUCAUUGAUCACUUUGUUUUUUAAAUAAAUAAAUGACCACUGGGAAACAA